AUGCCGCCCGCCGCGGCGACGCUCCUCCGGCAGGCCCCGGCGGUCCCAUUCGCGGCCCGCCGUACCGCCGUUUCCUGCUCAGGCAUGGCGCGGCGUCUGGUGACAGCGAGCGCUGGGGCCGGCGGGCUCGCGCCGGCGUACGGCGGGCUGCUGCUCGACGCCGGCGGCACGCUGCUGCAGGUCGCGCGGCCGGUCGCCGAGACGUACGCCUCCAUCGGCCGACGCUACGGUGUGACAAAGCCUGAGAAGAGAAUCAUGGAGGGGUUCAAGCGGGCAUUCUCGGCUCCAUGGCCGAAGACACUCAGGUACCAGGGAGAUGGGCGGCCAUUCUGGAGAAUUGUCGUGGCAGAAGCAACCGAUUGCACUGAUGUUGAUUACUUCGAAGAAGUGUAUCAGUAUUAUGCACAUGGAGAUGCUUGGCGUUUGCCUAUUGGAGCAGACACAACACUGCGUGAGCUGAAGGAUGCUGGAGUUAAGCUAGCUGUUGUAUCUAACUUUGAUACAAGGCUACGGAAAUUACUUAAGGACCUUAAUGUCUCCGAUAUGUUUGAUGCCAUCGUGGUAUCAUCAGAGGUUGGAUAUGAGAAACCUGCUCCAGAGAUAUUCAAGAUAGCAUUAGAUCAAAUUGAUCUGGAAGCCAGCAAGGCAGUGCAUGUAGGAGAUGAUGAAACUGCAGACAAGGCGGGUGCCAAUGCUAUAGGACUUGAGUGCUGGCUGUGGGGUGAGGAUGUGAAGACAUUUUCGGAAAUACAGGAGCGGAUUCUGACCACAGAUGAUCCUCAAUGA